UUGAACGAGCGUCAGCUAACAACAGUCGAUACUCAGCUGCCGAUCGAGCAACAAUACUAUUUACAAUGAAAUUCAUUCUGGCUAUUUCUUUGCUGCUCUGCCUCGGCUUGAGCUACGAAGUUAAUGCAAGUUGUUCCGGUGAUUGCCCCGAGACUGAGGAUGUUGUUUGGGCUCUCGGCGGAGGUUGCAGCGUUUUCCGCAACAAGUGCUUCUUCGAUAAGGCAAAUUGCACACGCAGACCAGCUCUCCAAAUUGUCACUAAGGAGGAAUGCCAAAAACAUUGCGCCUCUGCUUGCCCACAAAAUUAUGAUCCUGUUUCUGGUGACUACAAAGGACAAAUUCGCCACUUUGGCAAUGCCUGCGAAAAGAUUGUGCACAGCUGCCAAACUGGUGAAACUUUCCUAAACUAAACUACUAUACAAUGUCUGACAACAACUGCAUUUCAAAACGUAACGAGUCUUUAAACCAAUUCGCUGUAACUGAAUUCGCCGCAUUUGCUUUGCAUACAAUUCGCCAUCUCUCGUUUUUAUGCAAUGUAAUUCUUUGGAUUUCGUAUAUAAGCCUGAUUUAUUUACAAAUGACAACAAAGCUUUAAGUCUGUGCAUUGUGUGAAGGUCUAGAUAAACUAAGAAUAAACUUGAAUUAUCAGAA